GCCCGACGAGCCCCGGAGGGUGGCGGUGAUCGGCGCGGGCGCGGCGGGGCUGUGCGCCGCGCGCCACCUCGCGGCCGCGGGCGUGCCCUGCACCGUGUUCGAGCAGACGGGCAACGUGGGCGGCACCUGGGUCUACAACGAGCGAGUCGGCAUGGACCAGUUCGGGCUGCCCGUGCACUCCAGCAUGUACCGCAACCUGAGGAUAAACAUCCCGAAGCACGUCAUGUGCUACCCCGACUUCCCGUUCAAGAAGGGCGGCCGCUCGUACGCCACCCACCAGGAGAUCCGAGACUACCUCAAGAACUACGCGCAGCACUUUGACCUGCACCAGUACGUCCAGCACUACACGCACGUGAAGCGAGUGACGCCCCAGGGCAGCCGGUGGAGCGUGCUCGUGGAGGACCUCAAGACGGGGCGCGUCUCGGAAGAGGUGUUCGACGCCGUCCUCGUGUGCAACGGACACUACUCGGUGCCGUACACGCCCACCGUGCCCAACAUGAGCCUCUACGGCGGCGUGAGCCUGCACAGCCACGACUACCGGGAGCCCGAGCCCUUCGCCGGCGCGGACGUGGUGGUGCUGGGUGCGAAGGCCUCUGGGCUCGACAUAGCCCUGGAGGUGGCCAAAGUGGCCAACAACGUGUUCCUGAGUCACAACGGGGACCUCGUUCCCUCCAGGCUGCCGGACAACGUGCAGCAGGUGAAAGGCAUCAAGGAGGCUACCGAGGACGGCUUCGUCCUCCUGGACGGCACCACAGUCCGCGCCAGCGCCGUCAUCUUUGCCACCGGCUACGAGUUCUCCUUUCCGUUCCUCGCGCCCGAGUGCGGCGUGCGCGUGGUCCACAACCGGGUCGUGCCCCUCUACAAGCACAUGCUGCACCGGGAGCGCCCCACCAUGGCCCUCAUCGGCAUCCCCUACUGCGUGGUGCCCUUCGUCAUCUUCCACUACCAGAUCCGCUACUUCCUGUCGCUGUUCCUGGGCCGCGUGGCGCUGCCCUCCAAGGAGCAGAUGGAGCGCGAGGAGGACGCCGACAUGCAGAAGCACCUGCUGCAGUUCCCCGCCCGCCACACGCACAAGAUGGGCGACCUGCAGUGGCCCUACCUCCACGACCUGGCGGCCGCCGGCGACUUCGAGGACGACAUGUGGCCGGUCGUCCAGGAGGUGUACGACGCCGUCGAGGAGGACCGCAAGAACCUGCUGACGGUGUACCGCAGCAUCGAGUACAACGUGACGGGCAGGGAGACUUACGAGCGCGUCCUGCCGCCGUCCGCGGGGCUGUUACCGAAGCAGGCGCAGCAGCAGCAGCAGCAUCUGCAGCAGCACCUGCAGCAGCGCCUGCAGCAGCAGCCCGUCCAGAUCAAGUAGCGGCGGCCACGCCACGCUCGCCUGCGGGCCACCCACUUGACAUAAACAUUGCAAUGACGUUUCCCGGCGAACGCAACAGAGACGAUAUGACAUGCGAGUCCGGAUGCAGCAGCACGCCAGCCGCCGCCUCUGGCCAAAGUGCUCAAUUAGUGCAGCGGAUCGAAAAGCAGAUCGAAAGGCGCGGAGCGAGGCGAAGGUGACGGUGACGGCGCGGCGGUCCUGCAGUGGCAGAGAGCUGCGGGGAGGGCGUGACAGCCCCGUCGGAGCGAACGGGCAUGCUGGCCUGCUUGUUCAACGAUAGGCAACCCGCCCCCACGCUUGCACGCGGGCUAGCAUGCCCAUUCGCUCCGGUGCGGCUGGGGCGCCCACCGCACUUAUCCAAGUAUGAGCAACAACACGCGACAACACAACAUCUGCGUUUACGUCUUAAAGGGUAGGAAAGGAGGUGCGAAAUUUUGACAAGUCCCACGGUGCGGCGCAAAGCGCUGUCGCGUUACGUUCCUUAAUAACAUAGGUCUUAUGCAUCAGUCCGUACCCCUCGUUUUCUUGGCGGCCACCUUGGUUGCCCAAGUCGUGACAGGGCCCUAAUGGGAGAAAUCUGUUUCCUAUUGUUCUAUUUUAAGACCGUCUUUGCCAGAAGGAAGCGUGGCGCCCCCCCCCCUCCUUCCCCUUCUCCUGUUUCAAUGAAAGAGUUGGCCCAGACCGCUGAAAUUAAAUGUCUUUGAGACCUGAAUAUAACUAUUUAGCACGCGUCAAAAACAUUUCAAGAUAUUCCCUAUUUUUUCAAAGAUACAAAACAGCUUUCCCCCGUAAGGCCCUGUACAAUCUGAGUAACCAAGUGAGGGCUACAGGCUGCAGCUUAAGACCUACAUAGCAAGAAUAUACCGGUGACAAUGAGAGAGGUGUGAUUUAUUUCCUUGUACAUAAUGAAAACUUCGUGAGAAUAUGGCAGCAAAUGGCUUAAAGUGUGCUCGUCGAACAAUGCACUUUUGUGAUAUUUUAGAGAGGUCCAACCCUGCAAUCAUAUACUUCUGUUAAGAUUGUGACUUUUGUCAACUUAUCUAAGAUAAGUAAUGGAGAAAAAUAAAGUGUAUUUUGUAAUAAA